AUGGCUAUCAGAAACCAUGGUUGUGAUUUGAUCAUCCGAACCAUUUUUCAUUCAACAAACAAUCAAUACAAUGAUAAUGAUUUUCAAAUUGUUGAACUAGAACAUAUUGAUACAACAACACAAUUUCUUACAAAACAUUUUCAAGAAACCACCACUCGCCAACUUUCAUCACUUUUAUUCAAAUAUGAACAUUUGGAAAAAGUACUUGCUUCAAGAAAUCCAAUUCGCUACCUCCAAGAAAAUCCACUUCCAGAUGCUCAUUGUCCACUCAUUUGUUACAAAUUAAUUCACCAUAAUGGAAAUUUAUUGCAAUUUGCAGGUGAUAAGAUUAGGAAUAAUGAAGAGAUGGUGAUUCUUGCUGCACGUAGUAAUGCAGUGGCAGUUUCGUUUGCAAGUGAUGAAUUGAAGAGAAAUAGAGAGUUUGCUAAAGUUGCGAUAUUGAAGGGCAAAUCUCCCUAUUGGGGUAGAUCUAUUAAUUGUACCUUUGAAUUUUUAGAGAAUUUUCAUGAUGAUGAAGAAAUUGCUUUAAUUGCAAUUGAUUGUCAGAGACUUUCUUAUAAAUUUCUAUCAGAACGAUUGAAAAUGAAAAGAAUAUUCAUAGAUAAGGCAAUUAGUAAUAAUGGAACAAUGAUUGAAUUUGUUCCGAAACAAUUUAUUAAUAGAGAGCUGAUUUUGAAAGCAAUCAAAUCGACAAAACACAAAAAAGAAGAAAUUCUUAGAUUCAUUCCAGAAGAAUUUAAAUUUGACAAGGAAAUAAUUUUACAAAUCGUUAGAAAUUGUUUGGUUUUCCGCUAUAUUCCAGAAAAACUUAGAAAUGAUAGAGAUGUGAUCUUACAAUUCGUCAAGUCAAACAAAGGUGACACUCUUCAAUAUGUCAAUGACAAGUUCAAAUCUGACCGAGAAAUUGUAAUGGAAUCGGUUAAACAGAAUGGCUGUAAUUUAGCAUAUUCCCACGAAUCUUUGAAGAAUGAUAAAGAGAUAGUUACACUUGCUAUUAGGAAUAAUAUUGAAGCAAUUAAACAUGCUAGUGAUGAUUUGAAAUUUGAUAAGGAAUUGCUAAUGAGUUCAAUUACAUCAACUGAAUGUUUUUUAAAAUUUUUAACAUGUGUUAAUCCAAUAAUACAAUACGACGACGAGUUUAUAAUUGAAUUAAUAAGUGAUCACACGAGAUUUGGUGAGGAAAGAGGCUUUGAUAUUAAGAAAAUUAAGGAAAAAUUCCAAAUGAAAAUGAUUGAAAUUGAUCCAACUUUCAUAUACAAGGCGAAACUUGAAGAACCAACUUUCAGUUCAUUAAUUGAUAGAGAGCACAUACUACAAUUACUAGAAUAUCAACCCUCGAGUUUUGUUCAUCACCAAGAUCCAAUAUUUGAAAAGUUCAAAUCCGAUAGAGAAAUUGUAAGAAGAGCUAUUCAAUUAUGUCCAUCAUCUCUAACAUUUGCCUCAAAGGAAAUUCAAAACGACAGGGAAUUUAUUAAGGAAGCUAUUCAAUAUCAUUAUAACAAUUUUAAAUAUGCCUCAAAGGAACUUCAAAAUGAUAUUGAAUUAAUUAAUCAAGUGAUUGAAAGGAGAGGUUCAUAUUUUAUACACAUUUCAGAUGAAACUUUGAAAAACGACAGAAACCUAUUCCUCAAAGCCGCUAGGAAUACCUAUCAUGAUAUUUAUGAAAAUAUUGGAGAUGAACUAGCUCAUGAUAGAGAUUUAGCAUUGGAAUAUACAAAACAAGUUGAAACUAUCGCAAGUCUUCCUUUCGAUUUCAAACAUGAUAGAGAAAUUGUUGAAAUUGCCAUUCAGAUGUCUUCAACAGAAUAUGAACAAGCCUCUUACGAAUUGAAAAAUGACAGAGAAAUUGUAUUAAUGACUUUAAAAGCUAACGCAAAUACGUCCGUUUCUCUAAGUGAUAUUGUUUAUAGACCUUUAGAUUGGGAAAUUUGUUAUGAAGCAUGUAAAGCUAAUGGAAAAAACUUACAAUCAGUUCCAUCACAAUAUCAGGAUGAUGAAGAAAUUGUUCAAGUAGCUAUUGAUACUGAUUGGACUGGUGAAUAUUUUGAAUUUGCAAGUAACAGAUUGAAAAGCGACAAGAAUUUUGUUUCAAAACUAAUGGAUAUUAAUCCACUAAUUUAUUGUUUUAUUUCACAUGAGCUGAGAAGUGAUAGAGAAUUGGCAAUCAAGGCAAUUUCAAAGAAGGGUGAAGUAUUACAAUACUGUUCUUCUGAAUAUCAAAAUGAUAGAGAAAUUGUGUUAAAAGCUGUGGAUAACUACCCAAAUGCUUUUUACUGUUCCUCAAAGGAAUUACAAAUUAAUGAUAGUGAAAUAUUUGAAACUGCUAUUAGAAAUGGACUUUCAAUUCAUACAAAUGAAGAAACCUAUUUUCAAUCCUUUAUUACAAAGGAAAUGGCCUUACAAGCAAUUGAAAAUAAGUUUAAAUUUAACCAACUUCAAUUUAAUAUGAGAAAUGAUUAUGAAAUUGCCCUGAAAGCUGUCAAUAAGAAUAUGGAUAAUUUAAAAUGGACGUCAAUGAAACUAAACAAGAAAUUCCUAUUAGAAAUUCAACCAAUGGAGUAUAAUUUAAUUAAUAUCCCAUUGAAAUUUAGAAAUGAUCGUGAAAUUGCCUUAAAAUCAAUGCAAACCCAUGGAGAUUCAUUUAUUCUUUUAUCAAGAGAAUUACAAUUGGAAUUUUCACACGAUAGACAAAUCAUGUUAAUGGCUGUAAAAUCAUCAAGUUCCAUAUUUUCACAUGCAUGUAAAGAAUUACAACAAGAUUAUCAAUUUAUUUCACAAUGCAUUGAACUUAAUGGACAAGUAUUGAAAUAUCUAAUUUCAACACCCUAUUAUUUGGAUAGAAAUUUAGUAUUGAAAGCAGUUCAAUUUCCUCACACACUCCUGUUUAUACCUUUAGAAUAUUUGAAGGAUAGAGAAAUUAACUUGACGGCUGUUAAAAGCUGUAAGGAAAGCAUAAUCUCAUGUACCUACGAUAUGAAAUGUGAUUGGGAAAUUGCUUUAUCCAGUUUAUCAAGUGAUAUUUGCGAUACUAUCGUCUAUUUACCGUAUGAGCUAAGAUCAAAUAGGGAAUUUAUUUCUAAAUGUAUGGAAAUUAAUAAGGAAAGUAUUGUUUAUGCAAACUAUUCAUUAAGAUAUGAUAGAGAAUUUUUAAAGGAAUUGAAUGAAAAGUAUGAUUUAGUGACAAAUCCUUCAUUUGACUUGAGGAAAUCAAUUGAUUUUAAAUACUUGGUUGACUUGGUUUCUAAAGUAUAA